AUGGCCACUCUCGACAUCCUGAAGCAAAGUCUUAGGCAGGCAGCGGGAGCGACAGCAUCGCAUGCAACCCAGCCGUUGUCCAAUGUGGAGUACAGCGCCGGUUUCGACAUCCUUAUGCAAGGCUCGGAAUCGAUGACAUACCAAAACUUCAUUGUCCCUCAACUCUCUUCGCUCCUAGACCGUUUACUGAACUCGCGGGGCCGUAUCUCGGUACUAGAAAUUGGGCCAGGCCCAAAGAGCGUUGUUGGAUACUUGCCCUAUUAUAUCAGGCGCAAAGUCAGGAGAUAUGUUGCAUUCGAGCCUGAUGACUUGUUUGUUUCAAGAUUAGAUGAUUGGUUUCACCCAACCUCAGGACCAGAGCCUCCUCUGCCAUGUCUAGAACGCCCACCCGAUGUUCAUCAGAUGCCAUUCGCACCAGACAACGACAACAAAAACACAAAGAGCAGUACCAGCUUUGGGACAGGUGACGCUGGGAAUUUCGAUGUCGUGAUAUUCUGUCACAGCAUGUACGGCAUGAAACCUAAACGCCGAUUUAUCGAGCAAGCACUGGAAUCACUUGAAGAGCACCCAGAACCGGGAAUAGUGGUGGUGUUCCAUCGCGAUGGCGACUUGAACCUUGACGGCUUGGUAUGUCAUCAGACCGCGUCUUUCCCUACUGGGGUCGCUCGGGUAGCAACCGACGAUGAGACACUGGACCGAUUUACUUCUUUUAUCGCGGGCUUUGCCUUCCGAGAUGCGACAAUUAACAAAGCCAUUCGGGGUAAAUGGCGUGAGCUGUGCCACGCACUGGGUCGUCGUGAAAAAGCACACCCCGACCAUCUCUUGUUCAGUUCGCCCAACGUCAUGGCAACUUUUACGAAACAUGCAUUUGCAUUGCCGGACUUGAUGGCGCAGAUGCCAUUGGUGAAUCAAGCCAGGAGAAUUAAAAACCAGGAGGCCUGUCUCCACCGUCCCGCAUCGAUUGUUAAGCCGACACAGAUUCAGCACAUCCAGCAGUGCGUGAAAUGGGCCCUUGAACAAAACGUUGGCCUUACUGUCAUAGGUGGAAGCCAUUCCGGCCAGUGUCUUUGGCCAAACGUCGUCGCCAUCGACAUGAGUGCUUUUGAUCAAGUACACACGGUAAUAGCUGAGAGGGAUGGAGGAGAAACCAACUUCGAUUCUACGUCCCUAGUUGUCGCGGAAGCUGGCUGCAACACCGGAGACAUUAUCCGCAAGACUAUGGCAGUAGGCUUAACAGUACCGCUUGGAGCCCGCCCAAGUGUAGGCUCAGGGCUAUGGCUGCAGGGCGGCAUUGGGCACCUGGCCAGGUUGCAUGGACUUGCGUGCGACGCUAUCGUGGGUGCUGUAAUGGUCAGCGUUGCCUCUGGUCAAGUACUAUCCGUCGGUCGCGUACCAAGAGAAUAUCGACCGACCGAUGCCAUGCCGUCAGAAGUCGAAAGUGAUAUUUUAUGGGCUUUGAAAGGCGCUGGAACGAACUUUGGCAUCGUUGUCAGCAUUAUCUUUAAAGCUCAUGCGGCACGAACGUAUGCCGUCCGAAACUGGAGUAUCCCCCUACAUGGCGGUCAUGAAGCGCGGCUCAGGCUUCACGAAUUUGAUCAAUGUACCAGAACUCUCCCCAGAGAUUGUUCCGCGGAUGCGUAUUUGUAUUCAGAUGACGCGCAGAUACAUCUUGGCGUGACGUUGAUCGAAUCUUCUACGACUAAAGUUCUUCCCCAACCGCAUAUGCUCUUAGGCUCAGCAUUAGGACCGGAAGAUACUCUUGAGACCGUCGAUGGCGUCGGCCUGUUCGAAACUGAGAUGUACAUAUCCGGUAUGCACGGUGGACACGGUGGUGGCAAGACGUCCUCAUUCAAGCGGUGUUUGUUUUUAAAACAAAUCGGGGCCAUGGACAUCGCCAAUGCUUUAGUAGCGGCCAUGGAGACUCGUCCGUCUCCGCUCUGUUAUAUUCAUCUGCUUCAAGGAGGUGGAGCUGUCAGCGAUGUGGCCGAUGAGGUUACCGCUUUUGGCUGUCGAGACUGGGAUUUUGCCUGCGUGAUAACUGCUGUCUGGCCUCGUGACCAAGGCGGAACUGAAGUUGCUAUGGGUGCCCUGCAAUGGGUGUAUAACGUCGCCAGAGACUUAUUGCCCCUGAGCAGCGGAGCUUACGGUGCCGAUCUCGGGCCAGAUCCCAGAGACACGGCGCUGGCGGCCAAGGCCUUCGGACCGAACGGACCGCGCCUUGCCGGGCUCAAGCAGAGCUUAGACCCGCGUAACGUGCUGGCUUACACCUGUCCACUCCCAAAACCACCAAUGAAACAGAAGCUAAUUAUUCUUGUUACGGGAGAAAGCGGCGUCGGUAAAGACUACUGCGCUGAUAUUUGGGUCUCCGUGUUUCCUACAUGUGCCCACAAACACUGCAAGGCACGCAAGGCCAGCAUCAGCGAUGCCACCAAGCGAGAAUACGCAGCAGCUACCGGCGCAGAUUUGGAUUCUCUGCUAGGCGAUCGCACUUAUAAGGAACAACAUAGACCAGCAUUGACGGCAUUCUUCAAGGAACAGAUGCGCCAACAACCUCGGCUGCCCGUGAAGCACUUCCUGAAUGUGGUGUCUGAUGCAGCAGAUAUGGAUGUGCUAGUCAUCACUGGGAUGAGAGAUGAGGCGCCGACUGCAACCUUGUCGCAUUUUGUUCCGAACAGCAGAUUGCUUGACGUUCGUGUCACAGCUAGUGAAACGACGCGACAAGCUCGCCGGAAGUGCCAAGUCAAUGAUGAUGAUGGACAUGACUACCAGUGCAAGAAUGACAAUCGUGGCAGUAAUGGUAGUAAUUCUACGUCUAAUUCGACCACUUUGGACUACUGCCAUAGUCUUGUCUUUGACAAUGAAGCAACGGGGGACAAAGCGGUCAGAAGGUUUGCGGAUAAAUACCUGCUUCCACUCCUCCAUAAGGACGUGGAGCGACUAGCUAGUAUGGUGGUUCCUGUGCCUGACUUCCCACGCCCAAACAUCGAGUUCCGACAUGUCCUCAACAUCGCCCAACAGCAGGGCGGGUUGGCUUUGUGCACUUCUCUGCUACGAACUCAGUUCAAAGGUGACUGGGGUAAAGUCGGUGCGGUGGCCUGUUGCGAAACGGGAGGCUUCGUGUAUGCAUCGCCGUUAGCCCAGCAAGUCGACGUCCCCUUGGCGCUAAUCCGCGAAGCCGGCAAGCUUCCCCCACCCACCGUUUCUGUCAAAAAGCCUUCGUCGCAUAUCUCGGACUCGGGAUCUAAUGAUCUAGGAGGGAAAAGGAUUGAGAUAAGUCAAGGUCUGAUUCCUAGGGGCGCAUCAGUGGUGAUAAUAGACGACGUACUUGCCACGGGAAAGACACUUUGUGCAGUACUUCAACUGUUAGCUGAAGCAGGCAUUAGUAAUGAGAAUAUCAGCAUCAUGGUUCUAGCUGAAUUUCCAGUUCACCAUGGCCGGGAACUACUGUAUCAUCGUGGAUUUGGUGGCAUCAGGAUUGAAAGCCUUCUAGUUUUUGAUGGGGUCUAG